GUCAUUUUUUUUUUCUAUUGGCGCGGAGAAGCGGACGAUAAGAGGCCGACAGUAUGAGGGAAAUCGUGCACCUGCAGGCGGGGCAGUGCGGUAACCAGAUUGGAGCAAAGUUCUGGGAAGUUAUCAGCGAUGAACAUGGAAUUGAUCCUACAGGGACCUACCAUGGAGACAGUGAUCUGCAGCUGGAAAGAAUUAAUGUUUAUUAUAAUGAAGCUUCAGGCGGAAAGUACGUUCCCAGGGCCGUUCUUGUCGACCUGGAGCCUGGUACAAUGGACUCCGUUCGAUCCGGCCCUUUUGGACAGAUCUUUAGACCAGACAACUUCGUGUUUGGUCAGAGCGGUGCUGGGAACAACUGGGCCAAGGGUCACUACACAGAAGGUGCAGAGUUAGUGGACUCUGUUAUGGAUGUUGUAAGGAAGGAGUCUGAGAGCUGUGACUGUCUGCAGGGUUUCCAGCUCACCCACUCGUUAGGAGGGGGCACUGGUUCUGGAAUGGGAACCCUGUUAAUUAGCAAGAUCCGUGAAGAGUACCCCGAUCGAAUUAUGAAUACCUUUAGUGUAGUGCCCUCCCCUAAAGUUUCCGACACUGUAGUGGAACCAUACAAUGCUACACUUUCUGUACACCAACUGGUAGAAAACACUGACGAAACCUACUGCAUAGACAAUGAGGCCCUCUAUGAUAUCUGCUUCCGCACUCUCAAGCUGACCACCCCCACCUAUGGUGACCUCAACCACCUGGUCAGUGCCACCAUGAGUGGUGUCACCACCUGCCUUCGCUUCCCAGGGCAGCUUAAUGCUGACCUUCGUAAGCUGGCUGUCAACAUGGUACCCUUCCCACGUCUGCACUUCUUCAUGCCAGGGUUUGCCCCAUUAACCAGCCGAGGCAGUCAGCAGUAUCGUUCACUGACAGUGCCAGAGCUAACCCAGCAGAUGUUUGACUCCAAGAACAUGAUGGCCGCCUGUGACCCAAGGCACGGGCGAUACCUGACAGUGGCUGCAGUCUUCCGUGGCCGCAUGUCUAUGAAGGAAGUAGAUGAGCAGAUGCUCAAUGUCCAGAACAAGAACAGCAGCUACUUUGUAGAGUGGAUACCCAACAACGUCAAAACAGCAGUGUGUGACAUCCCACCCCGAGGCCUGAAAAUGGCAGCCACCUUUAUUGGCAACAGCACUGCCAUCCAGGAGUUGUUUAAGCGCAUCUCUGAGCAGUUUACGGCCAUGUUCCGGCGCAAGGCCUUUUUGCAUUGGUACACAGGAGAGGGGAUGGACGAGAUGGAGUUCACAGAGGCCGAAAGUAAUAUGAAUGACCUGGUAUCAGAAUACCAACAGUACCAAGACGCCACAGCCGAGGAGGGAGAAUUUGAAGAAGAGGCAGAGGAGGAAGUUGCCUAAACCAUAUUUACCCAUUAUAUAAUUUUGCCAAGACCCCUCCCAUUUCCCUUCUGUUUUUUUCUUUUCAUUCAACAUCUCACUCCAUUUCUGUGAGAAACAGCAGAGUCUCUGAAUAGGCAAUCAGGAGUUGAACUGUUGUCUGCCCAAGUACCAUUACUGUAACGAUCAUCUGUGCAUUUAUGUCUUAUAGCAUCCCAACUGUCUACCCAUAGUUAGGGAAGCAGCUUGCUCUUAAGAAUUCCGUAAAUGGUAUUGCCCUACAUUGGGCAACUUUGCAAUUGACGACCCUCUUAAACUUUCUCCCUUUAUUGUCAGCAGACUUCCUAUUCAUGAAUCACUGCCAGACAGUAAGCCAGUGUUGUUAUACAGAAUAUCUGAGGGACUCUAGAUUUUAUUUGCUUUUAAGUGGAAUUUUACAUUUUGUAAGGUGAACAGAAGUUUUCCCAAAAGUGCAGCACAAGUAGGGAAUGCCGUGUAGUUAUGUGGUUAGCACCCAUUUGCCAAUUUCCAGUCGUAUUUUCUAUUCUGCUGCUUCAGAAGGAGGCUCUGCUGCCAACAUUUCUCACUGCCAGCGUCCCUAAGACCAUUCCCCCUUUUGUGCUGUAGCUGCUUGCAAGCUCUUCUGCUCGUAGUUCCAGCACUGCUAGGGGUUAACUGAAAGCACUCUCCUCUCGUUGUCUCUGUGCUAACAGUAAUGUCACACCUUAAGCUCAUGAGCAUGAUAACCUUUCCUGUUUCCAACACGUGCGCUGCUGCCACGUUUUACUGGUUACCGAGGGCUAACCAGAAUCGAGAGGAACAGGGUUUCCACUACACUGCCUUUUGCAGCCACCAGAAUGAUAAAUGUCAGGGAAGAGGUUAAGCUGAUAGCCCUAUGUGCUGUUUAACACAGAUGUGGAAUAUACUGAGAGGGCAGAAUCUUAAUAUUUCCAGGAUGCAGAUCAGACGGCUGUGCUGUCCAGAAAGCUUCAUCCUCUCCUACCUCUCUGUGUUCUGUACAGUUUGGUUCCGUGAGUACAUACAUGUGAUUUGUGAAUCUGUGGCCUGAGUCAUUGAACGUGUCGCACAUGGUGGAAGCACUUACCCUAGCAAAGUAAUCAUCAUGUUUGCACAUUACACUACUGAAUAAACGCCUGUGCUCAAUCAAAAAAUAUAAAAAAAGAAAAACUGAGUGCCAAGCAGCAUGGGAAAGCUCCACCCCCAAAAUACAAGGCUGGGGGGGAGG